GGUCACCUUGAUUUAUCGCUUUUAUCUUGCUUAAUCUUGUCUAAAGACAAAAAUUUGUCUGAUAGGUAUUACACUUGACGGCUAUUUUUGAAGAGGUGAGCUAUUAGAUUGAUGGAUAAGUCUUAUCAUUCCAAUGUCUUCCAUGUCUUUCUUUUUAUAAAUUGGGUGCAUUGAAUUCCAUAUAUUCCAUAUAUUGCAAGACGUGUGCGACCAUUGUGCGACCAUUUUUGCCAUGGUAUAAGAGUCUUUCAUUGUCCCACUCUUCACAUGUUAUUGUGAAAUUGAAGAUGAGUUACUAUCCCGAAAAGCCUCCGAUCUUCGACCAUCCGACUCCUCCUCCGACUGGGUAUCCGCCAGCCGGAUAUCCGCCGGUAGAGAGAGCGAAUCAACCAUCGGAGACAACCUAUCCGUCACCACAAACAGCAUAUCCGCCCCAACAUACGACUUAUCUUCCACCACAGACAGCCUAUCCGCCACCACAGGCAGCCUAUCCACCACCACCAGAAACAGCAUAUCCGGCAAUAGAGAAGGCGCAUCCGCAACCAGCUACGGCAUAUUCAACACCAGUCUAUGGUGUACCAGGGGGACAACCACCACCACCUCAAACUGUAGUUAUCAAUCAGACGCCAGCGGAAUCAUCAUGGUGUUGUUGCAGUUGCUUGGCAGCAUGUUGUGCUACCUGCUGCUGCUGCUUAGCUCUGGACAUGUGCUUCUGAUAUAAAUCUACCCGACGGCGGCGGAGAAGUGAUGACAAUUUGACAAUUGAAGUCAAUAGCAGCCGUUGAAGUAUGAUGGGAACAUUUUGGUUUUCUUAGUGAAUAAGGAGUUGAUGACUUUCCUUCUAUUUAUUGAAAUUACGUUGUGAAAAAAAGAUUGCUUUACUCAUUGAAAAUAUUAUGUUGUAUGUCUAAUGGCGUAAGCCAUCACUUCUCUCCAACCACUUUUUGAUCUCUUUCAAUAUUUAUCUACACUUAUGUUUUUGUUUAAA